AUGUCAUUUGAACGCAUUACGACUUACAAGCGGUCGCUACUGCGACCUCUAGUGGUCUCCUCCAGCAGCGUCGGUCUCAAGACAACAAGUGUCGACUCGCAAUUGAGGUGUUCGCAGUCACAGCCAUGGCAGGAAUCGACCCAUAUCUUCAUCGGCACUGGAGAUCGCGACGAGUCUGCCGCGUGGCCGCCCACGAAGUUCGCUGACGAUCCGACCGACAUCCCCGAUAGUGAUAGACACAACAUACCGUACGAUAUCGCGAGCGCCGAAUCUCGGCAACAAGACUUCAAACUCUACAGCGACAGGACUCAGAAGGGCUCUGAUGUGCCUCCGCCUCGAAUUGUGGUCAAGCGGUACAUUCCAACGGCCAAGGGAGACAAUUGGGAGCAGGGCAUUACGCUUCUCAUGCUCACUGGCAUGGGAGCUGUCAAAGAGAUGUUUGAGCCUAUGCUUGAGGACUUGCUGCCUCAGCUUCGCAAAGCGGGUGUCGGGGUGCAGGAGGUUUGGACGUUGGACAUGCCACUUUGCGGGGAGACUGCCAAGGUCAACGCAAUUGGAUAUCUCUACGCGAAUGAAAAGGAUAUCACGCGGGACCUGCUUCUAUUCAUUACGGCGUAUCUCCCGCUUGAAUCUGGCCAAGAUCUCUCAGACCAACUCUCACCACGACUGCCGGCAACCAAUCCUGAUCAGCCCACACGAAAGCAUCUCCAUGUUAUCGCGCAUAGUCUUGGAGCCCAAGCCGCCAUCUUGGCCUCCGUUCACGCCCCCGCCAUUUUCAGCAGCAUCACUGUUGCCGAUCCAGCCAUGAUUCCCUCCGGCAAGAUCAACACCGCCAUGGCCAAGUUGCCGAAGGACAUUUACUGCCUCAAUCUUCCCGAACGGUUCCCAACCAGAGCCUCGGUAGAGAAGGAGCUACAGGUGAACAAACGUACCCGAGGCUGGGACGAGCGCGUGUCGCGCAUCUUUGCGCAACACGGUGUUGUGCCGGAUGAGAGUGGAAAAGGCUUUCGGCUGGCUGCGCAGCCGCGCCUGGAGUGGGCGCUUUAUUACGAUAAACAGACGCCAACGGAGUGCUAUGACCGUUUGAUGGAUGUGGCCGUCCCGUUUCACGCCAUCAUGCCGGCUCGGCCGUUCGCAGUGCCGCCCGCUAUGUUCAAGGCCGACGUGGCCAAGAUGAAGCAGAAGACGAGCGUGCGAUGGCUCGAGGGGACAACGCACCAGGUGCUCUACGAGAAAAUGGAUGCGUUUGGCAAGUUUGUCGAUUCGUGCUUCGGCCCCAUGCUUCCUGAGGUGAUUAUGGGCGAGAACAAGUAUCGCCAGAUGAGCGACCAGGGUGUUGUUCCUGGCCCAUUCGCCACUGCUCCCUGGUAA